AUGAUAGAGGAUACUCUACUCGAGGAAUGCCUGCGCAUCCUCCAGGAUGGUUCCCUCGAUGAGGAGGAACAGGCGGAGAAAAUUGAAGACUUUCUACGGGAAAAGACCACGUUGUCGGGCGCGUCGCUAGAAAAUGCCGUGUUGGACGUCCUUUGGCGACAUCGAAGUCGCACAGUGCCAGACUCCUCUCCUCCGCCGCCCCGUCCGACCAUCAUUCGUCGCUCCUCGCCCGCCCCCUGGCAGAUGGCCCGAUCAUCCACGCCCCUGUCCCCUCACUCGAAUCUGGGCACCAGCCCCGGCAGUGCCUCGUUCCUCCAAAGCUCGCGAGGGGGCUUCUCGCGGCCCCCGCUCUCCUCCACCGUCUCCCCCUUCACCUCACCGCGCCCGUCCCCGCGACUCGCCCUGGCCCAACCCAUCCCACACUCGCCCAAUUUGAAUGCCUACGAGUUCUCCGAUCAGAGCCAGGUGUCCGAGUUCUAUGGAGACUUUGGUAGCGAUAGCAACGUGGACUGGCUGGUCGCCGAUGAUGCCAACAGCACAACCUCCUCGCUGGGAGCGCUCAGCGCGACGGCCCCCGAGUUCGUGCCCGAUAUGAGCCCGCAUGAUAUCCUCCGCACCGUACUUGGCGAUAAACGGUCCAAUGACGAGAUUGAGACGGCUCUGGAAGCCAACAGUUACGACCUGGGCGCGACCAUUGCGGCCCUCUCCCAGCCGACCGACGCAGAUACCCUGUCUCAGCAGAUGGAGGAUACCCGCGUGGUGGUCGGAAAAUCAAUGAUGAUGGAACCGCCGAGGAUCGUGCCAUCACCGAGCCAGAAUCGUAGCCCGGUAGUCUGCAAAUACUGGUUAUCGACGGGCCAAUGUCUCCGGGCAGAUUGCCGUUUUAGUCACGAUCUGACGAAUCAUCUCUGCAAAUAUUGGGUCAUGGGCAACUGCCUCGCCGGGGACGGGUGUCCCUUUUCGCAUGACCCCUCCGCCCUCGUCGCGAACCUGAGCAUGACCGACGGGAGCCACCCGGGCUCGUCCAGCAGCUCCCCCUUCCAGGCCGAAAACGCUUCCGAGGCGUUCCCACCAUUGCAGCCCGCCGGUGAUCUGUGGGCGGCCCAGUUUGGCGGCAAGUACCCGGCUCACUUGACCGCGUACCCCGGGAUGAAAGGGGUUCCUCAGAUGGCGCAGUACGCCACUGGGAAGCGGAACGGAAGUAUGACGCAUCUGUCGCGCCCUCACUCUCGGCCGGGGAGCCGGCACCAACAUCGGGAGCUCAACCCGUCGGCCCCGUCGGUGGACGACCCCGAUGCAUUUCCGACCCUUGCUGCGGUGAGCGCCAAGAACACCGGGAAGAAGAACGGGAAACGGGGAGCCCAUCGGGACCACCAUUCUAAGGAGAACAUUCCGGCCUCGUUGGCCGACGUUGUGCGCAUGUCCCCGUCGCCUGCAUCCAGCAAGGGGAAAGCCUCCAAAGGCAGCAAGGAGGGGUCGAAAGGGCGUGAGAACAGCGCAGCUGCGCUGGCGAUUCCGCCGCCGCAGAACAUCCCGUGGCUGGAGACCGGGGUGCGGACCAACCAACAGUAUAUCAAGUAUCGAACCGAAGCGAUUCGGCAUGGCACGGUGAGGAACAAGUUUCUGCAGAGCGCGGCGCAAGCGUGGAAUCGGAAUGAUGCACGGGCCGCAAAAGCCCUGUCGCUCCGAGGACAAGCAGAGAACGAAGCCAUGCGUCGGUGUCACCGGGAGGCGGCCCGGCAGCUGUACGAAGAGCGCAACAAACACCUCCUCACGGCCGGUCUGGAGGACUCCACCGAGGAACUCUACGUGGACCUGCACGGGCUGCAUCCCGAAGAGGCCAUCGAAUAUCUGGAGAAGAUCCUGCUGAAGCACGCACGCGAAGGCCGGCGCGUCGUGUACGCCAUCACCGGAACAGGCCACCAUUCCAAGAACGGCAAAGACAAAAUCGGAAAAGCAGUCAAGGCGUGGCUAAACGAGUGGAAAUACGUAUUCCGCGAGUUCAGCGUGCCGGGGGAACGAGGGGGGUACGUGGGCGGCAUUUUAGGCAUCAACGCAACGAGUUACGACAAGAGCCUGGCCCAGAGCAUGGCAGAGGACGGAGAGCGGACGACGGAUGGAGACGGGAAUCCUCCUGUCCUAAUGAUGGGCAAGAUCCAACUGUUGAAGCGGGAGGAUCUCGAGCCGACACACGAAUGA